UUUCAGGAACUUUCCAAAAUGGUCGACAUCGAUUCGAAGACACAUCAGAGAAAUCUGGUAAUGCCACCUUUCCUCAAUAUGGAUCUGCUGGUCACUAACCUAGUUUUGGAAAAAAUGGAUCUCGUGGAUCUACUGAGCGCGAGAAAAGUGUGUCGCAGUUUGAGAACUGCUGUCGAUGAAUUUGGAUUACGUUUCGGUGUCAUCGUUUUUCUCUUGAGGAAAGAUAAAGUCGAAAUAUGGUGGGGUGAAACUGAAAUCAUAUAUACUAAAACAGCAAAUGGCAGUACGAAUGUUUUUCACAAUGAACAGACAAAGUUGAUUGAUGGAGAAAACUUUAUGGAAAGAGCUGCCAAGGAUUUUAAAAUAGUAUCGAAGCACGCACGGAAAAAUUACAUUGUUAACUUCACGAAAAAUAGAUGCGACAUUGUUACAACUUUCAUUAAGAUUUUCAAAGCCGAAAAAUGUAUUCACGUAAAAGAAAUAGAUCUUAGCACUUUCGGUUUUGAUGAAGUCCUUACGAUUCUUUCAUGGUUUGAUUCUAAAGAGCUCAAAACUAUUGAAUUAAGAUGGAUGGAUUCAAUAGACCGUUUUGAACGUAUAACCCAAUUGGAGCAAUGGAAAAAUGCAGAAGUUGUUAAAAUUGAUUGUUCUGAGAUUGCCAGUACAAUGAUUGUUCAUUUUUUUCAUUUCAAAUGUUUCACUAUUAACCGCACUGACGAAUUUCCAGCACAGGCUGCAAUACAAAUGAGAGAUGAUCUUUUAAGAAGAAGUACAUUUCAAAGUUGCGAUAUAUCUUUUUACAAAUCAAAGACAAAUCCGAUUGAAAUUGCAAAAGUAUUCAAACCGGACUACACUGGCGAAAACGUAUUUAAGAUUGAAUUUUCGAAUGGUAACGACAAAUUCGAUAUUUCGCUCCAAGAGGUUUCAGACUAUUUUUAUUUGAAUAUGAAAAGAUCCCUUUCAGUUUGAUUGUAAGUUAAAAAAAAUCUUUUUGUCCGAGAUUUUUGUAUUUCUUUUAUCUUAAUUUUCGUUCAUUUAUUAUUGAAAAUAAAAAAAUGCAUUCUAUUCAUACAGGAGUAAAAUUAGUCGCAUCAUUUGAAAGUGUAAGAAAUACACUUAAUUGUUAAAAGUUAAUGAUAUACAAGAAAUAGAGCUCAAAGAAGGUUUAUGUAUUUAGAAAAAUAUCAUCACAGAUAGUAAAAUCUAUGCAAAAAUGUAUAUUUAUUAACUCAAAAUCCACAUGCCAGUUGUGAACUGAUAAGAAAAAGUAUUGGAGAGAAUUGAGAGACACAAAGAAAAAAAGUUAAACUGAUAAAGUAUUCCAAACUGUCAACACUUUUUUCAAAUCGUUUUCAAUUUCUUUCGAACAACUUUUUUGAUUCCUGUAAAUGACGGUCAUAUUACAGUCUCUGUGUGUUCGAUUCCCAGAAUUGGUUUUCAUUUUAUUUUUAAUACUUAUCCUCGUUAGAUUGAAUUUUCUUAUUUUCCAGGUUCAAUUUUCCAAUCAUAUAUUUAGAUAUCCGCGAUACAAUUAAGAGAUGAUCUUUUGAGAAGGAGUACAUUUCAAAGCUGCUUGAUUUAUUUUGAAAAAUCAAAGACAAAGACAAAUCCGAUUGAAAUUGCAAAAGUAUUCAAGCCAGACUAUACCGGCAGCAAUGAAUAUGAGAUUGAAUUUUCAAAUGAUAACGAUAAAUUCAAUAUUUCGUUUCGACAUUUACCUGUACAUAAAAAAAUCUAUUUCUUACUCGAGGUGGAAAGAUUGUUAAAACCCCUUUCAGUUUGAUUCCGGGAUAUCCCGAAAAAUAUUUUGUUUAUUUUUUAAUAAAUUUUCGUUCUUAAAUUAAUAAACGAAAUUCUUGUU